GCAUUACUAGAUCAAUAACAUUAAAACUGCAAAGGGCGAUUUUUAUUUUUUUGGACAUGCAACAUACUGGUUUUCCCUGUUAUCGGGCUAUAUGAAAUGUCUAGAAUCGUACAAUAUUGAAGUCCGACGUUUAUUUAUAGAACUAGAUGCAUUACCUUUCUAAUUGCAAUUUUAAAAACUCUACAUACGACUACACAUCUUGUCAUCAGUUUGCACGAAGUUUUCGUGAAAGUUACCAAGAACCAAAUGUGAUGUAUACAUACUUCAGCACAAUGUACAUUGUGAAGCAGUUUUGGAUACCGUUGUUUUUACUGUUGUCGCUCAUUCUAAAAGCAGUGUUGGGUGUGAAGUGUUACGUAUGCCAGUCUGAGACAGAUGCCUCGUGCGGUGAUGUUUUCACUCUGUCUCGGCACAGCGAUGAUUUCAUUGGUCACUGUAGAACAAGCUGCUUCAAAUUCGUGGCUGCACGAGGUGAUAACAGAGGUAUCAGCCGAGGAUGCUUACCGACAAAUAAAAUAAUACCACGUUGUAAGUACGACAGGGAUGGAGACAUAUAUGGGACAUUCUGCGCUUGCAAUGAGGAUUUCUGUAACCACGUGACUUCCGUGCAUCAGUCUCGUUCAUACAUAGUGAUAAUGCUGUUGUUCUUUAUUCUGAGGAUAUUAUUCCGGUGUUGCGGAUAAUGUUUUAUUUCUUUUGUGCAUGUUAAACAACAAAUCAAACCUAAUACUUUAGUGUAAGACAGACAGAGUUCGGGAUAUACAUGUACUAGAAACUGCGGGAUUUUCGUUCAUAUAUAGGAAUACAAGUAGUACAUACACUUUCAUUAUGCUUAAUUUUGUAUUUUCUGUCCAAAUAAAAAUGUGUAGUGAUCGUA